AUGAUAAAGUUUUUCUUCACAGAACUAAACAUUACGAAAGGCUUAUAUUCUCCACGCAGACACAAUUCUCGUAACAACUUGCUCAAGUGUCUGAUCACCCUCGGCUUUGACCCCUCGGAGAGUCCCGCACCAGCUGCUCGAUUUUGGCCUCGGCCAUCCUUAGUCAAGAUUGGAGGGAAGCAUGCCGGGGCUGAUCCAUUUUCCCUAGAGCAUCUCGCCAUUCUUUGCCACCUGAGCCCCGGCUUCGCCGAGAUGACGCCCCUCCACGAGGCUGUCCUUCUCGGCGCGGACGGGCUUGUCGAGACAAGGACCUCUCGGUCGCCGGCUAAUGAAAGGAACUUCCUUGACCAGACACCUUUGCAUCUGGCUCUGUCGAACAUCAGACAUAUGACAGCGCUCAUAAGCUCGGGACAUGAUGUCAACGCCCUCGAUCGGUUGGGCAUGACUCCCCUCAUGUAUGCUGGCAUUAUGGGACUUGUCGACGCUGUCCUUUGGCUCCUCGACCGUGGAGCGGAUGCUUCACUUCGGGAUACCAAGCACAAAAAGCUUUUCAUUGAUUUUGCAGCUUCUCGCAACAACUGGGACGUUAUCAUGGCCGCUCUUUCAAAAUUGGAAACACGGUCAGACAACGACACUGGCUGGACCUGGGCGCGACACGCAACUAUUCUGCGUCAUGUGGAGUUUCCGGAUCACACAAGGCUGCGCCUAGGUUUCAAAGACUUCCUCGCGAUGUGCGACACGCCAAACUUCAUCUUCGACCAUAAUGGCCGUCGCGGAAACACGUUGAUGCACUUCGUGAUCACUCCCGAAGAGGUGCAAACAUUGCUAGAUCAAGGUUUCACACGUGUAAACCAAGCAAACUCAGAUGGCCAUACCCCUUUCAUGCGGUCAUUGAGAAGGCACCGUGAGCUGCCCACAAUCCUGCCGAUCCUGAACGCCGGAACGGACAUUCACCACCGAGACAAUAACGGCCACACGGCGCUCUGGUACGCCUUGUACAUGGGUACAUUCCAAAUGGCCAAUUGUAGCCAUGACAACGGCUGGCGGACACUUCACCAUCUUCUCCAGUGCGGCAUUGAUGCGCUUUCUCUGGACAACUGUGUAUGCCCGUGUUCGUCAAACGGAUGUUUCCCAUCCGGCAUUCUACACUGGUCAUCGUUAUAUUAUUCACAACCGACUGAUAUCCCGCGGCCGUUAUUUGAAUGGCUCAUCGUUGUCUUGGAGUAUCGCGGUUCGGAAGAAGCGAAGACGAUUCUGCUGUCCUACAUCAGGAGGGCCAAACACGAUGAGUUGGGCUUGACUCACCUCUGCUGCACAAGAUUCCCGGGCAACCCCCCAAUGGAUGGUCAUAUGCCGCCCCUGCCAAGCGACGAUGUUGACGAUAUCCUCACAGAGGAGGAAGAGCUCAUCGAUCUAAUGGAAAAGGAAAUGGAGGAAGCGAAGGCGUUGAAGUACGAUCAACUCAGAGAAAUAUGGUUCACCCAAGUGAAAGAACGCCUUGAUGCAGCUCGAGCAGACGAAGUCUGGGCAAAGCCUGGAAAGAUAAAAGAGCAACCACCAGAAACAGUUGGUACGAACAAAGGAUCUCCCAUCUUCGACAUCUAG